GUUAAUUCAUGGCCACACUUUACCAUUACUUACCAAUAAAAGUUGCCACACCUUGCCUAAGAUGAGGUGAUCAAAUUGUUAGCCACAACUUACUAAGUCUAAGGGAAUCUUACCACAUUUUUUGAGCCAUUGACAUGUGAGACCGAAUUUGUUGGAGAAAAAUAUUACCACAACUAUAACUAUAACUAAACAACUAUCAAAUUUACUUAACCUUAGGCGUGGCAAACUGUGACUUGCACCAAACACACCCUUAAUGCGCCGGAAAAUGAACUCGAGAAUACGCUGGAUUUAUGAGCCGAACGUCCAAGAGAUGGCCACCGAUUGUGCUUGUGCCCACAGAAACGCUAGUACGCUACGCUGGCCUUCUCUGCUCCUCUGGAACUGCACGCUGCACAGCACAGCACACACACACGCCGUGCACGCUCCAGUCCAGCACAUUCGCCAGUCAUCCCAUCCCACACCACGCUGAUCAGUUCGCCAACCCGCCCCCAACUCCGAGCCUAGAAAAGCUCAACCUUUUAUUCCUCCUCCACCUUUCCCACCUCUUUUCUUUAAUCCUCCAUGUCUGUCUCCCAAGAAACUUAAUUGGAUCUGUGACACGCGCAGCUGAGCUGAGACUGAGCUGAGCUCUCGGUCAAUCCCCUCAUCUUUUCUUUCUUUUUAAUCCCGUCUCCUAUGCACUUUGAUCAAUACUACUAAUCACCUCUCCUUGGAGAGGUUUUAAUCCUCCAAGAAACAGAAGCAGGAAAGAAUCCAAACCAAGAACCGAGAGACUGACACACACACUACUCUACCUCCUCGGAUUCUCUGUGUGUGUGUGAGAGAGAAGAGGGCUUCCCAUUUCUCACUGCUUCCAGUAGUAGUAGUCCGGUGCUGGCUCCAGCCAGCGGUCCAGCCUCCAAUCUGAAGUUCGUGCUUCGUUCUUGGCUGUGUGUAUCUGGAAAGGGGAAGUGGAAGUGGAAGAAAGGUCUCUUCUCCGGGGACAAGAUCAGCUUCGGUUAAGUGCUUCUGAGAAAGUGAGAAAAGUGUCAUUGGAUAAUAAGAAAUCAGAUGCUAGAGCACCGAAAUAUGUGGCCAGCGAGCCUAAAAGGCGUGGUGAUUCUGUUAAUGCUCAUGGUUUUCAAUGUUUCAGGAGCAUUUGUUGGUAUCAAUGUUGGCACUGAUAUUUCGAACCCACCAUCAGCAUCAGACACAGUGUCUAUCCUGAAAGAAAAGAAGAUUCAACAUGUUCGUCUGCUUGAUUCAGACCAUCAGAUGCUAUCUGCCCUUGCAAAUACUGGAAUAGAAGUGGUGGUUGGGGUUCCAAAUGAUCAGCUACUUCGAGUGGGGCAAUCUCGUUCUACAGCUGCUGAUUGGAUUAACAAGAAUGUUGCUGCAUACAUUCCAGCGACUAACAUAACGCAUAUUGCUGUAGGGAAUGAGGUUCUUACUACAGAACCAAAUGCAGCUCUUGUUCUUGUACCUGCAUUGCAAUUCCUACAGUCAGCGCUUUUGGCUGCAAAUCUCAAUACCCAGGUGAAAAUUUCAAGUCCUCAUUCAACAGACAUGAUCUCUAAGCCAUUUCCUCCAUCUACUGCUACAUUCAAUUCGACAUGGAGCUCAAUAAUGCUUCAGUAUCUUCAAUUUCUGAACAACACAGCAUCUCCCUUCAUGCUGAACGCCCAACCUUAUUAUGACUAUGUCAAAGGGCAAGGCGUAUUCCCCUUAGAAUAUGCGCUGUUUCGAUCACUCAACCCUGAUAGCCAAAUUUCAGAUCCCAACACAAAUUUGUUCUAUACCAAUAUGUUUGAUGCUAUGGUUGAUGCUACAUACAACUCAAUGCAAGCAAUGAAUUUCACUGGGAUCCCUGUUAUGGUCACAGCUUCUGGGUGGCCAUCGCAUGGUGGGCAAAAUGAGAAGGCUGCUAAUGUGGAUAAUGCUUUGGCCUACAAUACAAACCUCAUACGCCAUGUAUUAAAUAAUUCUGGUACUCCUGGCCAGCCAAACAAUCAAGUAAGCACAUUCAUAUUUGAGUUGUUCAAUGAGGAUCUUCGGGCUGGACCUGUCUCAGAGAAAAAUUGGGGCAUCAUGUUCCCCAAUGCAACUACUGUGUACAGCCUUACAUUUGAAGACAUGGCCACAACUAAUACAGAUUCACCAGUUUUGCGAGGGACAUUCUGUGUAGCAAAUUCUAGUGCUCCUCAUAGCGCAUUGAAGCAAAGCUUGGAUUGGGCCUGUGGCCCUGGCUCUGCAAACUGCAGUGCAAUUCAACCUGGGCAACCAUGCUAUAAAUCAGAUGACAUUGUCGCUGUUGCUUCUUAUGCUUUCAAUGAUUAUUACCAUAGGACACGAGCAAGUGGCGGAACAUGCAACUUCAAUAGCACGGCAAUGGUGACAUCUACUGAUCCAAGCCAUGGUUCAUGCAUUUUUGCAGGAAGCACUGGCUCCAAUGGCAGCAACGGUGGUGCGGCGUCUGGGCCCGUAAGCCCAGACAAUUUUGCUACACAAAUUCACUCGUGCUGGUUGACUCACCUAAUUACAUUGCUGUCUAUCAUGGUGUUCAUGUAAAACCCUGUAAAAAAAUGAUGCGUUUUGGAUGAGAUGCCCGAAAUUUAUUGUGGAUCUUGUCAGUAGGAGUGUAGGAGGCCAUAUUUGUCUUAGAUGUAUUGAGGUUAGAUGGCAUGUGUUUCUCAAAAUUCGUUGACCUAGAGAAAGGAGUCAAAUACAUCAAUUUUGAAUGCCAGGCUGGGAGUAUUGAAUUGUGGAAACCUUCUUUUCUGAAAUGUUUGUAUGACUCAAAAAGUGUUUUGUGCUCCCUGCAUAUCGCUUCAGUACUGAAACUGUCACUCUUGUUGAGUAACAGUGUUUUUCUCUCAGACUCACUAAUAUUUUUUUUCUUCUAAA